CUCGACUUAGUCGUGCUUUAGUCGCUUCGGCUCGUCGAUUGUCUCUCCUGCUUCUCUUCUCUCCCUCUCCCACCUCUCCCACCUCCCAGUCCCAUGGUUUGUUGAGGGAAUUCAUCCCCCUCUUGCCUUGGAUCCCAUUCCCCGGCACCGCCCGUGCUGCUCCCUCCCUCUUCCCUCUUCCUCCUCCUCUCCCUCGGUUUUCUGUCCUCUUGUCUUGUCUCACCUCACGCCUCCUGAUUCAAUUCCCACCGCUCGCUUCGAUCUGGCUUCUGGUUUCUCCCUUCCUGUUUAAUCCUCCGACAGCAGUCGAGCUGUGCUCCUCGGUCAGCCACCAUGUCCUCUCCCCCGUCCUCGAAACGGAAGCGCAGCGGUUCCCAACAUCUUCCCGCCAAUGUCGCCAUUCCCUCACCUGCAGAGCUCCUGCAGCCCUCCUCCCGCGACGCGUCCGGGGAGGAAGGCGACGAGUCCACCGGCUCGGCCAUCCCGCUGCCCAGCAAGCACAAGAAACAGUCGUCCCUCGACGUCACUUCCGGCACCGUUCCGCCCACCAAGCGGGCCCGGAAGGCGUCCGUCAGUGAAGCCCUCGUCCCGGCGUCCAACGGCGACCUGCCCGACGCACCAUCGGCCGUCAGCAAGGAGGACCCGGGUGAGCCGUCCGAGACCACCGUGGCGAGCAGUGACAUUGAGACGCGGAGCAAGAGCCGGCCGGGAUUGCAGGUAGAUACAUCAGAGCGGUUGAUGCGGCCGCCAGACCGGGGUGGCAUUCAAGAUCCCGUGGGUUAUCGCACCAAUCCUCCCCCAACGGGGCGACCGGUGCGGGUGUAUGCGGAUGGUGUGUUCGAUUUAUUCCAUGUGGGUCACAUGCGACAACUGGAGCAGGCUAAGAAAGCGUUCCCGGAGGUGUAUCUGAUUGUGGGUGUGACCGGGGAUGACGAAACACACAAGCGCAAGGGUUUGACAGUGUUGAGCGGCGCGGAGCGCGCCGAGAGUCUUCGCCAUUGCAAAUGGGUGGAUGAAGUGAUUCCUGACUGUCCCUGGAUCGUGACGCCGGAAUUUAUCGACGAGCACCAGAUCGAUUAUGUGGCACAUGACGAUUUGCCAUAUGGCGCAGACGAGGGCGAUGACAUCUAUGCCCCGAUCAAGGCCCAAGGCAAGUUUUUGGUUACGCAGCGGACGGAGGGAGUGAGCACGACGGGCAUUAUCACCAGAAUCGUUCGUGACUACGAUCGGUAUAUUUCCCGACAGUUCAAGCGUGGAGCAUCCCGUCAGGAGCUGAACGUGUCCUGGAUCAAGAAGAACGAGCUGGAGAUCAAGCGACAUGUGGCGGAGCUCCGGGACAGCAUCCGGACCAACUGGACGACAACGGGUCAGGAGCUGGGUCGGGAGCUGCGACAGUUCUGGCAGAACAGCCGGCCGAACAGCCCGCUGUCGAGCGCACGGAACAGCGUGGACCUGGGCAGCUCGCGCAGCGGAGUGACCAGUCCGGUGCUGGGCAGCAAGGCGCAUGUUUCGCGGGUGGAGGCGCUGGGACGUCCCGAGAGCACGAUUGGCAACGGCCGGAACGAGCCGGACUUUGCGACGGGCUACAGCUUGGGGCUGAUUGGGGGUGUUCGGGCAUGGAUGCGCAGUCGGCACUCUCUGGUGGGCAGCCGGGCGCCGUCGCCGACGAGCGAGGAAGACCACGAGUCAGAGGUGGAACGCAGCACGGAGGCGACGCCUCACUCUUAAUCUACGAGGAUGUAGCGGUGUAAGUUAGCGACGACGACAUUUUUUUUGGCUGGGAGCCGGUUGGGGAUAGAAUCGGAACAUUCGGGACGGUAAUGCUGGUUGGAGUGAUGAAAUUGAUUGCUGAAUGUCCGGUUGGGUAAAUUGCAUGGGGAUUGAAUGCAUGCGAGGGAUAAUGUACAGCUAGAUUGUUAGAUGCAUUCUAAUUCCUAGGUAUGUCUUUCU